CGUUAACCCCAUUUCACCUCACCUCACCUCACCAAGUUACGUGCAACCCGAUCAGCGACGGACGACAUAGUUUCGCUGAUCAUGCUUUAACCUGCCAUAGCAACUAAAGGGAAUGUGACUGUACUUGUCAAAGGAACAGUGUCACAUGCAACUAGCUGAUCAAUACUAGAGAUUAGGUGAUAUAAUUUCGUUCGGUUGACGGUAUCGUUCAAAUCGCAGCGCAACACAUAGAGUGGGUUCCUUGUCGUUGUGAGGAGGUGAUGGAUUAAAGAAGAGGAGAUUGGUGGCUUAAAGAAGAGGAGAUUGAUGGAUUAAAGAAGGGGAGGUUGGUGGCUUAAAGAAGAGGAGAUUGAUAGAUUAAAGAAGGGAAGGUUGAGUACAGGCGACUACAUCAUGGUGGAUGUUCAACUGUACUGCCAUGCCAUAUGGUCGCGCCCCAGAAUACCAAUCUACUCUGACUAUUAUCUGCCUGAGAAAGACAUCCGGGACAUGAAGAAUCGGUUGAUUUACUGGGGCAAGGAUCGGGUGUGGGGUCUGGAUGUGUGGCGUGAUUUGCAGGAGCGAAGGCGAUGGGCGGUUGCAAACGGACCCAGCUUGUCCCUGGACAUAAAUGUUAACCCAAGAAGAAGGAGAAACUGCAGCAGUGAGAAUGCAUCGGCCUCUGGCUUCAUGUUGGGUCUUUCUAAUGGCAUCUACCUCACACACAGGAUUAGACGCCCUUGUACUGUGGACAUCCCCCGCCCCCUUAUCAGCGUGAAUAUUCGAGACGGUGUCUGCCUUUGCAAGGGGAGGGCCAGGCUGGAGCGUGUCCGACGGAGAUCGCCGUUCUCCCCUGCUGUCGUUGCUAUACACCUUGAUCUCCCUGAUGAGGAACCUUCCAGGAAGUUUAAGGACUUGUCAAACCAUCUUGCACGUGUGGUGGAAGAACCGGGUGACAGAGGGAUCUUCUUCUGGUUCAUCAAACGAGGACAAUGGAAUACACCCAUCAGAGGCACAUCUGCAUAUUUCAUAGAUUUGGACGGGAAACACAAGAAGUACAAGAUCCACGCCAGGGACUGCAUCAAGUUUGUUGUUGUGCUCAGUGAAAGGACUCAUCUGUCUUCUCCACUGCCUUCUUCAUCGAGGUCUCCUCCAGCUUUGUCUCCAUCUCGUUCUCCUAGCACUGUUUCAAAGGAGCCUCCCCGUCGUCCUUCUUCCCUCAAGCACUGUUUCAAAGGAGCCUCCCCGUCGUCCUUCUUCCUCAAGCACUGUUUCAAAGGAGCCUCCCCGUCGUCCUUCUUCCUCAAGCACUGUUUCAAAGGAGCCUCCCCGUCGUCCUUCUUCCUCAAGAAACCAAACCAACAGACGUGUACAACCCAGCAAAUCACCACCACCACGCGUUCCUGAUCCAGACUUUGAAGAUGGUGAGGAGGUUCUGGCCCGGUGGGUGGACGACCGAUGGUACUACAAAGGUAGGGAAC